AUGGCGAACACCGGGGUGCUGCCGUUUGUGCGAGGCGUGGACUUCAGCAGCAAUGACUUUGGCGAUGGCAAAUUUCCUGAAUCCAUGCGUCUUAUGACAGGGAUACAAUGGCUGAAAUUGGACAAAACAAAUCUGACAGAGAUCCCAGAGGAGAUGGGCAAAUUGUUGAAAUUGGAACAUCUUUCACUUGUUAAAAAUAAGUUGGAACGUUUAUAUGGAGAACUAACAGAAUUAGGGUGUCUCAGGACACUGAAUAUAAGGCAUAAUAAUAUCAAAUCUAGUGGUAUCCCAGCGGAAUUGUUUCAUUUAGAGGAAUUGACAACUUUAGAUUUAAGUCACAACAAUUUGAAGGAGGUACCUGAAGGCCUAGAAAGAGCACGUUCCUUGCUCAAUCUUAAUUUAAGCCAUAAUCAUAUCGAAACUAUACCAAAUACAUUGUUCAUUCAUUUGACAGACUUAUUAUUCUUGGAUCUUAGUCACAACAAAUUAGAAACAGUGCCACCACAGACUCGACGUUUGGCUAAUCUGCAGACUUUAAAUUUGAAUCACAAUCCCUUAGGUCAUUUUCAAUUAAGACAAUUGCCAUCAUUAAUGAAUUUAACAACGUUACAAAUGCGGGACACACAACGAACUUUGAAUAAUAUACCUUCUAGUCUAGAAACGUUAACUAACCUACAGGAGCUCGAUUUGUCACAGAACAAUUUACCUCGAGUGCCUGACGCGCUAUAUUCUCUAUCGAAUUUGCGUCGUUUAAAUCUGAGUGACAAUCAAAUAACGGAGUUAUCAACAGCGAUUGAACUAUGGACAAGACUAGAAAUUCUAAAUGUAUCGCGAAAUAAAUUAAGUGCAAUACCGGUUUCUUUGUGCAAAAUUUCUACGUUAAGAAGAUUGUAUUUAAAUGAUAACGAAUUAGAUUUUGAGGGCAUACCUUCUGGAAUAGGAAAGUUAUCAUCUUUGCAAGUUUUCUCUGCUGCUAAUAAUCACUUAGAAAUGAUACCGGAAGGAUUAUGCAGAUGUGGCGCAUUAAAGCAAUUAAUAUUAACGUCCAACCGAUUGAUUACUGUGCCGGAUGCUAUCCAUCUUCUCACCGAUCUAGAACAGUUAGAUUUACGAGAUAAUCCGAAUUUGGUAAUGCCACCAAAACCAACAGAAGUACAAAGGGGCUCGGGUAUUGAAUUUUAUAAUAUCGACUUUUCGUUGCAACAUCAGUUACGUCUUGCUGGUGCUAAUGUACCAGUUCCAGUCCAAGCUGCUAACAGUAAAGAUCCAAUCGCACGUAAAAUGAGGUUGAGAAGAAGGAGAGAUCAGGAAGAAGCUGAUCAAGAUCAGGCCAAAAUUCUUAAGGGCAUGAAGGAUAUAGCGAAAGAGAAGAACAAGGAUAAGGAAUGCGAAGAGUCGAAAGCGGAAUCUCUAAAACCCAAGCGAUGGGACGAAGCUUUAGAAAAGCCACCCUUGGAUUAUUCCGAGUUUUUCGAUGAAGAUGCAGGUCAGAUACCUGGUCUAUCAGUCUGGGAGAUAGAGAAUUUUUUGCCGAACGAAAUCGAGGAGGUGGCACACGGCAAGUUUUAUGAGGGCGAUUGUUACAUCAUCUUGAAAACUGGGAUAGACGAAGGUGGAUCAUUGACUUGGGCGAUUUAUUUCUGGAUCGGAGAAAAAGCAACAUUAGAUAAAAGAGCAUGUGCGGCAAUCCACGCUGUAAAUCUAAGAAAUUACUUGGGUGCACAAUGUCGGACAAUCAGAGAAGAACAAGGGGAUGAAUCAGAUGAGUUUUUGAUGCUAUUCGAUUCAGGCAUUACGUAUAUUGAAGGCGGUCGUACAUCCUCUGGUUUUUACACAGUGGAAGAUACACCAGCGAUUACUCGUUUAUACAGAGUACACGCGGCGGGAGCUUCUAUACACUUGGAACCAGUCCCAGUCUGUGUCGAAUCUCUGGAUCCUGGUUAUGUAUUUGUUCUCGAUACGGGGAAUAAGAUAUUCAUGUGGUAUGGGAAAAAAGCGAAGAGCACAUUAAAGUCAAAGGCGCGACUGAUGGCAGAGAAAAUUAAUAAGAACGAACGGAAGAAUAAAGCCGAAAUUAUAACUGAAGUCAUGAAUACCGAGUCGGAAGACUUUUUCCUACAUUUAGGCGUGGAAGAACAUGAGCAGAAAAAUCUGCAAAUUGUUGAACACGUGGAUCCAAAUUUUGUGCCUCUUGUACCCCGAUUAUAUCAAGUACAACUUGGAAUGGGUUAUUUGGAAUUACCACAAGUCGAAGUUCCUCAUGGAAAGUUAACGAAUACCUUGCUAAACAAUCGCAAUGUAUAUAUAUUGGACUGUUAUUUAGAUGUAUAUGUUUGGUUUGGUAAAAAAUCGACGAGAUUAGUACGUGCCGCUGCUGUGAAAUUAUCUCAGGAAUUAUUUAACAUGAUAGAAAGGCCAGAAUACGCGAUGGUAACGAGAUUACAAGAAGGAACUGAAUCACAGAUUUUCAAAUCUAAAUUUACUGGAUGGGACGAAGUAAUAGCUGUGGACUUCACUAGAACAGCUGAAUCAGUUGCUAAAACUGGAGCGGAUUUAACUAAAUGGGCUAAGCAACAAGAAACAAAGGCGGAUUUGGCUGCUUUAUUCAUGCCGCGGCAACCGUUGAUGUCGGCUGCUGAAGCGCAUCAGCUUAUGACAGAGUGGAAUGAUGAUUUGGAGGGAAUGGAAGCUUUAGUGUUGGAGGGAAAAAAAUUCGUACGUUUACCGGAAGAAGAAAUGGGCCAUUUUUACAGCGCGGAUUGUUAUGUUUUCUUAUGCCGAUAUUGGAUGCCGCUUGAUAUAACGGAGAAUGAAGAUGGUGAGGAGCAAUACGAAGACGAUUAUCAGUGUACGGUAUACUUUUGGCAGGGUAGAGAUGCAGGAAACAUGGGAUGGCUGACAUUUACAUUUAGUCUGCAAAAGAAAUUCAAAUCGCUAUUCGGUGAAAACUUGGAGGUUGUAAGGACACAUCAGCAACAAGAAAAUUUAAAAUUCAUGAGCUACUUCAAGCGAAAAUUCAUCAUUCAUCAAGGCAAACGUAAACAACCGAAGACUGCGGAUAAUAAUAAAGUGGAAUUCUAUCAUUUACGAAGUAAUGGCAGUGCCUUAUGUACUCGACUUAUUCAAAUACCAACGGAUUCGACAUUACUAAAUUCUGCUUUUUGUUAUCUUUUAAAUGUGCCAUUCAAUAAUUCUGAUGAAGGAACCGGCAUUGUAUAUGCGUGGAUCGGGUCGAAAGCUGAUCCUGAGGACGCUCGUCUAAUCGCAGAAGUAGCAGAAGAAAUGUUCAACAAUCCAUGGAUAAGUCUGCAAGUAUUAAAUGAAGGCGAGGAACCAGACAAUUUUUUCUGGGUGGCGCUUGGAGGAAAGAAACCGUACGACACUGAUGCAGAAUAUAUGAAUUAUACAAGACUAUUUAGAUGUUCCAAUGAGAAAGGAUACUUUACAAUCAGCGAAAAGUGUACCGAUUUUUGUCAAGAUGAUUUGGCAGAUGAUGAUAUAAUGAUUCUUGAUAAUGGAGAACAAGUAUUUCUCUGGUUAGGUACUCGCUGUUCGGAAGUUGAGAUCAAAUUAGCCUACAAGUCAGCUCAGGUAUAUAUUCAACACUUGCGUGUGAAGCAACCCGAGAAACCCCGUAAGUUAUUUUUAACUGCCAAAGGUAAGGAGUCCAGAAGAUUCACGAAAUGCUUUCAUGGUUGGGGUGCGCACAAAAGACCGCCGCAGUAAAAUCGAAUCAGUGUUUAUUACGCUUACUGUUCGGAAAUAGUUUUACACACACAGGCGGAGUGUGAUACACAAGCGACAAAACAUUUUUAUGUAAUGUGUCGCGAUUCUGUCUCUCUUCGUUGCUUACUCGCGCUUCGCAUAUCGAUCAAACGGAAGUCAAUCCAUCGCAAUAUUUUCGAAUGCGCGAACGAUCGAUUUGGAUUAGGAAAUGCAAUAAUCGUUCACAAAAUAACAACGAAUCUAAUUAGUAAAGUUUACAUUUUCGCGUUUGCUUCUUUGCUUUUGGACUUACCGAAUAAUUCCUCACGGACUGCUUUCUUAAUUACUAUGUAAUUUAAUUCAGAUUUCUAUUUAUUAGCACGGGCACUUUGACUCAGUCUUAUUUUUUUUAACUCAGAUGGAUGCAAGUGUAAAGAGUUAUUCUCUCGUAUUUCCAUCUAUGAGUCCAGCAAGGUUCUCUGUGAUGCGAUUCUCUCCUAUUUUACUGUGAAAAGAGACUCGUCUAUUCUUAAUUGUUAUAAUUCAUAUUCUGUGUAUCCAACGAGACUUAUUUAUUUAUUUAUGCACAUGUAUUUCCAUAUUUAUGAACUUUCGUACAGGUAGACUGUGUAUCUUUUUAUUUUUCGCAAGUUUACGUUUCUCAGAUAAUGUGAUAGUACACAUUUUUAAAAAUUGUUCGAUGAAUUGUGAUACAGAUGUUUAUCGUCGAAUCGUAAUAUUAAAAAAAAGAAAGCAUUUUUCUUUUCUUUUUUAUAGAGAAAUAUCAAUUCCUCUGUAAGAAGUUAUAGGUCAACUGUUUGUACAGUCUUAAAAGGAUUAAAAUAGGAUUUUUUUCACGAGUUUUAGAUUCACGCUGUGCUUCUAGCAAAUACCGUCGUGUCAAUUUCGAGCAGACUAUUGGUAAUUGCAUUUGAAAAUUUGUGAAUAUUAAUUGAAGACUGAAAAAAAGAUACGUAUAAUCAUAAUCACAUGUACACAUCUGAUUAUAACACCGCCCGAUUGUACAGAUGCCAUAAUGAGCGUUUUUGUAUUACUUACACUAUAUUUAACACAAUUUAUUUAUAGAUAUAAUAUAUACACACACAUAUAUAUAUAUAUAUAUAUAGAUUUAUAAAUACAUAGAUUUUGUAAAACUUCUACUUAACUUUCAACAAUUGUAUAAAUAAAUAUUUCUAUGAUAAUUUACAUAAUCUCAGGUAUUGAAGCGUAUCAUAAAUAAGGUACCUAAAUUGUGUAAAGCGAAGAGACUCGUCUUCCUCUGUUAUGCGAAUUUGUGUAAUUACUGGUUUCGCAUCACCACAGCGUUAAACUUGAAUCUGUAACAAGACAAUAUUCUAAACAACAAGCAAAAAUUGAUCGAAAAAUCAAAAGUCAUAGUCAAUCAAAAUGCGAGAUUAUAAGUGUCAACAGUCUCAUUAGAAUUGACUAUUAAUCAAUGUAUUAUACAAGUGUAAUUAACAGUUUGUUUCACACAGUUA